GGUCUGAGAGGCAGGACACUUGCCCUGGUAGCAGGAGGAACAGCCUGCUGCACUGAAACCAGAGGACAGCAGUUGGUGCUGGGCUUCUGUGACUGUCCCCUCUCUGCAGGAAAGACACUGCUCCAAACCUGAGCUUUCAGGGUGUGUGCGCGGCUGAGCCCCUGAGCUCCCAACACUUGGCGGCCCUGAAGAGACGGACUGAGCUCAGCAAACCUCUCCCAGCAUCAGCUCCAAUCCUGCCUGGACCCUUGCAGUGUUGCUCCCUCAAGUGCCAUGUUCAAGCUCAGCAAGAGAGGACGGAAGAAGGUGAGAGAUAAGAAAAACACCUGCAGUAACAGCACGUCUCACACUGAGAACUUGCCUCCAGGUUAUGAAGACACCACGAGUGGCCCAAAGGAGAAGAAGCUGAGGCUCAUCCUGGCAGGGAGGACAGGGGUGGGGAAGAGCGCCACUGGGAACAGCAUCCUGGGCCGGAGGUGCUUCGUCUCCAGGCUCGAGGCCACCUCAGUGACCAGAACAUGCGAGGUGCAGAGCUGCAAGUGGGAUGACUGGCACGUGGAAGUCAUGGACACCCCGGACAUUUUCAGCUCUCAAGUCCCCAAAACAGACCCAGGAUUCCAUGAGCGGACGAGCUGCUACCUGCUGUCGGCACCCGGGCCCCAUGCGCUGGUCCUGGUGACUCAGCUGGGCCGCUUCACCAUGCAGGACCAGCAGGCCCUGACAGCACUCAAGGACUUGUUCGGGGACCAUGUGACAGCGCGCACCAUUGUACUGUUCACCCACAAGGAGGACCUGGCAGGGGUCUCACUGCAGGAGUUCGUGCGUGACACAGACAACGGCGCACUGAGGAGGCUGGUGGACGAGUGCGGGGGCCGCGUGUGUGCCUUCAACAACCGGGCGGUGGGCUCAGAGCAGGAAGCCCAGGUGCGGGAGCUGCUGAGCCUGGUGGACCGCCUAGUAUGGGACCACUCUGGUGUCCCCUUCACCAACGACGUGUACCACCUGGUGCAGACGCUGGCCAGGGUGGGUCCGGAGGAGCAGAGACGCAGGGUGGCCAAGAAACUGAAGCACCGCCAGCGGGGCUGGAAGAGAUGGUGGUUCAGGUCAGGAUCGCAGGCAAAGAAGAUGAUCCGGGCCCUGCUGCUGGGUGCCCUGGUCAUGCUCUGGCUGCUGCUCACCAGACACUGGCCUGAUGCCCAGGUGGGACCUGAGUGACAGGCUGUAACAGGACAUUGUUCCACCAGCUGACAGUCAUACUCAAUUCUGGUAUUUGUGCCUCCAGGGUCCCCAGGCUUUUCUGUGUCCCUCAACUGGCAGUAAUCUACCAACAACAAAGUCCUACCAGGGCCCAUUGCCCUCCUCCCCGCAAAACCUGUCCCUGUGACCUGACCCUCUCUGAGCUCUUUUCUUACUUAAGCUAAACAACUGUUGCUUUUGCCUCUUUUCCACUGACCUCAGGCUGUGUCCUCUGUCACUGAAUCAGCCCCUGUCUCCCCACUGGACCAGGGUCAGGCCCCACCCAAACCCUCAGUCCAUUCCCACUGGUUUCAGUUGACCAUGAAAUGAGUGAAUAAAUGCACUGGAUGUUCA